UGCAUCAGAUUUUCCAAAUUUAGGGCAAAACUUUUGCAGAGUCGGUUCCGAAAACUCUUACAAAGAUGUAAUUUCAGGGGGGAGACCAGAGUUUCAUUAGGAAUUGGAGCAUCUAAUUUUUAGAAAUUUUCAGUUUAUAGUUGCAACUUGCAAUCGUGGUUCGAGUGUUGAGGGGAAAUUUCACAUAUGAAGGAUCCGUUCGAUCGAACGAAAGUAGUGCUUCGGCACUUGCCCCCGGCGCUGUCCCAGUCGGCGCUUAUGGAGCAAAUCGAUGCCCACUUUGCUGGUCGUUACAAGUGGUUUUAUUUUCGUCCCGGGAAGAAUAGCCAGAAGCAUCCUCAAUAUUCACGAGCUUAUAUUGAUUUCAAGCAGCAAGAUGAUGUAGUUGAGUUCGCUGAGUUCUUGAAUGGACAUGUUUUUGUUAAUGAGAAGGGUACUCAGUUUAAAAUCAUAGUAGAAUAUGCCCCUUCACAACGUGUUCCAAAGGCUUGGUCUAAAAAAGAUGGUCGUGAAGGAACUAUGUUCAAAGAUCCUGAGUACCUGGAGUUCCUUGAGCUUAUUUCAAAGCCUGUUGAGAAUCUCCCCAGUGCAGAGAUACAACUGGAAAGAAGAGAAGCGGAGCGAGCUGGUGCUCCAAAAGAGUCUUUUAUUGUUACUCCUCUGAUGGAUUAUGUUCGUCAGAAAAGAGCUGCUAUGAGUGGGUCUCAGAGGUCAUCAUCUAAUGGAAAGCUUAGCAGAAGAUCAGGAGGAGCCUCACCUUGCAGUUCUAGUUCCUCUUCAACCAGAAGAGGUUCUGAGAAGAGAAGAAUCUCGGCUUCAAUGUAUGUUUUAAGGGAGAGUGCAAAGAGCAGUAGUGGGAAGGACAAGUCCAAGUAUAUAUUAGUGCCAAGGAGAGAAGAUCAACAGCUUGCAGAGAAAUCUGCUUCUGCAGCUACUGCAACUGGAACUGAAGUCUUGGAAGAUGAAAGUGGUCCUGUGAAUGAGGGACCUGGACCAGGAGUGGGUGCUGUUGCUGAUACUAGGAAGAAAAAGGUCAUCCUCCUGAAAGGGAAAGAGCGGGAAAUUUCUCAGAGUCUAAGGCGUGAGGCUAGUGGAAGGAUGAUCAAAAGCAUUCUUUCAAACAAAGAACCACGUCAGAUUCAAUUAUCAGCAACAGGCCAGUCUGACCAGCAAAUCCCGACCUUGAAUUUAGAAAAGGACAAACGACCACCUCGGCCCCUGAACAUUCGUUCGGUUUUGAAGGAUCACAUUUCUAGUAUUUCACAGACCUCAUGUAGUUCUGAUUGCUAUACAAAGAAGGCACUUGAUGGGAAUGAUGUGCAUGGGUUUGGUUCUGUCAAUGAGAAGCAAGAAAAGCGUACCAGAAAUAAGGAUAGACCUGAUCGUGGAAUUUGGGCGCCUCUUCGUCGUUCAGAUGGAUCACAUGCAAGUGAUGAAUACCUGUCAUCACCCUCUUCUCUGUGUACACAGUUACUGUCAGAUUCUUUUGAUGACAUGACCAUUACUCAAAAUGCGGGGGUUCGUAAAAUUGGGGAUGAUGUUGAGGACUCGGAAUCUAGUCAUAAAUCAGCAUUCUCUGCUGGGAAACAUCGUAAUCACGAUGUAUCUCUUCACAGUUCCCGAGUAGAACAUGGUGGUAAUUCAUCUGCCUAUGAUAUCGCAGUAAGUCACGGAGAAGUGAAAAUUGAUAUUACUUAUGCGGGCAGAUCUGAAGUUAAAACCCUUGGGAGUGGACGAAACAACUUUUCUUCUGUAGAGAAUGGAUCCCACAGGCAUGCUGGUCGCCGUGGACCUGGACAUGGGGGAAAGGAUGUUGAUUCCUCUAUGCAUCUAACUGAGGGAAAGCCCUCCAAAAAAGGUGUUUCUGGCUAUGGUUCCCAUGAGAAGCAAGUAUGGGUUCAGAAGUCAGGUUCAGGUUCGUAGUUUUAUUCUUAAUUGGCUGUGGUCAAGGUUGCCACUUGAUUUGGGUGUCGGAGCUUUGUCUCUUGACUCAUUUUGCAGUAAAGUGCUCUUUUACAUUGUUCGAGAAUGCUUUUGGCACAAAAUUUCCAGGCUUCAAGGUCCGGCAUGGUUUGAGUCAAGGGAAAAGAGACAUUCUCUUGUUACUAGAUGGAUGAUCACUGUAAAGGCAGUAUGCAAGUUAUGGCGGGGAAAUCUUUCCGUCUGAAAUAACCUGGAGGAAGUUCAGCUGACUGUGGCUCGGUGGGUUGAAGAAGUUCCAAUCUGAAGACAGUGAUGAAGAUCAAGGAAUGAAUAGUUAUCAUAGUACAAAGCAUUACAUAUUUCAGUGAGAUCUGACAUGGUGGGACUGGUUCAGUAGAGGAACUAAUUUUCUCAUUGGGCAAUACAAGGCGAGAGCUGGCUUAACUCAAAACUCGAAUCUGGGGGUGUUCUGGUUUUAUAGUUGGAUUUGUUCUUUAUAUUGAACUGUAAAUAUAACUUUUGACAGUGAGUGCCACUUGGCCCACUGUCUAUAGAUCUGUUGAGAAUCCAUCAUAUAUAGAAGGCGAGUAGUUAGUAGUUUUGUUUAAUAAGAGCUGUUUUGUAUGUGGGUUUAAUAUUGAAAGAAGACACAGGGUAGCCGUUUGGUGGAUUGUCUUCAGAUUUGCAGUUUUGGUUGCCCGACUGACAGGAAUUUAUGCACGAAGAAGGGAGUGGGUACGGGGUGCUGAUUGGGUUUUAUUUGGGGUACGGCAUCAGUUGGUGUUGCUUUAUGUGGAUGAAUGAAAUAUUGGUUUCUGAUAUGUAAUCUUCUCUCAGUUAUUGCUGCUGUAUAUUUUUCUCAGCAGGACCUGAAAGUGUCCUGAUAUUGU